AUGUUUACUUCAUCGACAAGUACUUCGGCUGAUUUAUCACUACCGUUCUAUUCAUCCAUAUCAAACAUAUCUGAACGAAACGUAUUACAUACAUUUGUCUGUUAUAAAUCUGUAAAUUCUAAAAAAUUAACAACAUUACGUUUAUUACUGGUAUUCGUUGCUGUAUUUUCACUGACUACGAUUGGUAAUUGGAUUAAUAAUGAGAAUCAAGAAUUGUUGAUAUACCAAAUUAAUCAUCAUACUGUACCGGGAAAUUAUGUUGACACUGCAUUUGAAAAUGCUGAUCAACAAUAUGGAAAUGUCAGAUGUUUUAUAUUUUUGAGAUCAUUCAAUAUUCUUAUUACAAGAACAACAUUAUCAAAACUUUAUUGA